AUGGAGGAUGGUUAUUGUAGGAAGAUGAGUAGAGGGUUUGUACACCAUCCGAGAGUGGACGGAUACGGAUUGGUUCUUAAUGAACAUCGAAAGGAGGAUAUUGUGAAAGGGAAGCGGGUUGAUACGGGUGCCAUUUCUCAACCUAAGUCCACCCAAACUUCGUUUAAAACAUUCAAAACUAGUGGAGCAACUGAAUUUAAUGGGGUGUCAGAUCCAACUGUAGCUAUCGAAUGGCUACUGAACACAGAAAAAGUGUUUCGGAUCUCCAAAGUCUCUGAAGAGGAUAAGGUUAACUAUGCGACCGCUAUGUUUAUGAGUAGUGCACUGAUAUGGUGGGACGCAACCUACCAGUCUCUGAAUGAGGCUGAAAGAAAUAAUUUAACUUGGGAAGGCUUCAAAACCAWUUUUCACRAAHAAUAYURUCCCCCUGACUUACURAAACGGUUGGAGAAAGAGUYYAUUGACCUUAAACAAGGAGAUUUGACUGUGGUGCAGUAUGAGACCCAGUUCAAUAUGAAGGCACGUUUUGCCUCACGUUUCGUUACCUCUGAACAACACAAGAUUGAACAUUUUGUUGAUGCUCUGAGGAGAGAGAUUAAAGAAUUUGUAUCAAAUCGUGAUCUUAGAAGUUUUCGGAGAGCGGUUGAAUGUGCUAAACGACGAAAACACGAACUUUCUCUCUAUGGUGAAUCCAUACCCGAACCAAAGAGACAGAGAACUAAAAUAACAACUUAUGUACUUGCAAACCGACCUAAUCGAUCUUUCACCCCAAGAAGGAGUCAGUCUCAGAGUUCUCCUCGAGCCCCAUCUCGAGCCUAUUCCAUGCAGUCAAACACACCUUGCGCAUGCCAACGAUGUGGCAAGGCGCACUCGGGACGAUGUUUCUCUGAACCGUCCAAAAWUUYRUGUUAUUCCUGUGGUGAAGUUGGGCAUAUUCGUACAAAUUGCCCAAGACGAGAUCGAGCGUGUUAUACUUGUGGAGCUUAUGGACAUCGUCAGCUUAAUUGUUCAAAUUCCCAACGUGAGGAUAGUAAGGCCUCAGUACGACAACCAAUGGUGGGAGGUUCCUCAACCCGAAAGGAGGAAGUACCAAGAGCAAGAGUUAGAGCGUUCCAGAUCACAGCAGAGGAGGCUCGGGAGGAGCCAGAGCUCGUCACUAGUAUAUUUUUCGUGAAUUCUCAUCCUGCACGUAUAUUGUUUGAUUCUGGUUCUACGUAUUCCUUCGUGUCGCAUGCCUUUGUUCGCUUUCUCGAAUCUAUUCCUGUACUUUUUGAUAAACCGUUUUCUGUGGAUACCGCUAGUGGAACCCCUUUAGUAGCUGAUAGAGUAUUCAAUGAUUGUACAUUAGUAUUGGAGGAACAAAACUUCUCAGUAGACUUAAUCCUUAUGGAUAUUCGUGGCUUUGAUGUGGUUAUUGGUAUAGAUUGGUUAGUAGCAAAUCGGGCGGAUAUUAUUUGCGUGCAACGAAUGAUCCGAAUACCAGUUAGUAAAGGAGAUUAUGUUUAUGUGUACGGAGAAAAAGGGGUCGGUGACAUCAAGGAUGUCUUUCCUGAUGAUUUGCCUGGUCUACCACCGGAUAGGCAAGUAGAAUUUCGAAUUGACCUUGUGCCAGGUGCUGCACCUAUUGCACGGACACCCUAUCGUCUUGCCCCGGCAGAAAUGAAGGAAAUGAUGAGCCAAUUACAGGGAUUAUUGGAUAAAGUAACAAUCAAGAAUAAAUAUCCGUUAUCACGUAUUGACGAUUUGUUCGAUCAACUACAAGGAGGAAGUUAUUUUUCCAAGAUCGAUUUGAGAUCCAGAUACCAUCAGCUCAAGGUACGGGAUGAAGAUGUACCAAAAACGGCUUUCCGUACUCGAUACGGACACUAUGAGUUCUUUGUAAUGCCAUUUGCUCUAAUGAAUGCUCCGGCUGCAUUCAUGGAUUUGAUGAAUCGAGUAUGUCGGUCUAUGCUCGAUAAGUCUGUCAUUGUAUUCAUUGAUGACAUACUUGUGUAUUCUAAGUCAGAAAUUGAUCAUGCUACGCAUCUCCGUCAGAUGUUGGAGUUACUAAGAAAAGAGAAAUUAUAUGCCAAGUUCUCAAAAUACAAAUUCUGGCUCAGAAAGGUGCAAUUCUUAGGGCAUGUGAUCUCCGAUGAGGGUAUUUCCGUUGAUCCAUUUAAAAUUGAGGCAAUUCAGAAUUGGGAACAACCGAAGAAUGCCUCAGAAAUCCAAAGUUUUCUUGGAUUAGCAGGUUAUUACCGACGAUUCAUAAAAGACUUUUCAAAGAUUGUCGUUCCCCUUACUUCACUCACUCGCAAAGUUGUGAAGUUUGUAUGGAAUGAAGAACAAGAAAAAGCUUUUUAG